CCUGCACGUCUUGGAGGAGGAGAACUUCGAAGGGCCGGGGUUGCCGUAGCAGCUGUCACUCCCGCGAUUUCCAUGGCAACGGGGUGGAAAGGGGCGGAGGUGCUGGGUUGGCUGAGUCGCCGCUGGGGAGCAAGUCCAGGCUCCCCUCUUGGAAAGGGUUGGGCGGCAGCAGGGAUCAUUCAGCGGGCCUUUGCAACCGGAGCACCAGCCAUGGCGGCCCUCAAGGUUGGAGACAAGUUGCCCAGCGUGGAGGUCUACGAGGGUGACCCUGGCAACAAGGUGAAUGUGGCGAGCCUCUUCACAGGCAAGAAGGGGAUCUUGUUUGGGGUGCCUGGUGCGUUCACUCCAGGUUGUUCAAAAACCCACCUCCCAGGCUACGUGGAGAAGGCAGGACAGCUGAAGGGCAAAGGAGUGGAGGUCAUCGCCUGCUUGUCUGUCAAUGACGUCUUCGUCAUGAGUGAGUGGGGAAAGGCUCACAAAGCCGAAGGAAAGGUCCGGAUGUUGGCUGAUCCCACAGGAGCAUUUGGGAAGGCUACAAACCUGUUGCUGGACAAAGAGCCACUCCGGGAACUUUUUGGGACCCAACGAUCCAAACGGUUCUCUUUGGUAGUCGAAGAUGGUGUGGUGAAGGCCCUAAACAUAGAAGAGGAUGGCACAGGCCUCACCUGCAGUUUGGCCAGCAACAUCCUAUCUCAGCUCUGAGACCUGGGACAUCGUGGCUGUAAACCCAUAUCCUAAACCCUGACAGCAAGAGACGCACAAAACCACCCACCCUCACCUGGUUCUUAGUAUGCAGAAGGGAUGGUGGGCUGAUUUAUUUCCCCCUCACAGCUUCUAGGAUUUGGCCUUUACAAGGGCAGGGAUAUGUAUGUAGCUGCUUUGAAUCCCUUCUCUGUCUUGACUCCGUUAUCUUGGACGAUGUUACCUGAAAUAAAAAUUAUACUGGAUUUCUC